CGUACAAGGCUUGCCAUGUCACUUUUAGCUUCUUAAUUUUAGAGGGUAGGGUCUCUAAAAUGUUGCGUAUCACUUUAAUAGGCUUUUGUUUUCUGAUGGCUGCCGGGGACAACAUUCAGUUUGAUGAAGAUGCGGAUUUAUCUGACUUUGACUUGGGAAUUGCUCCACGUAGAGUCCCAAGACAAGUCAAGACCAUUUUAACAAAGGAGACCAAACCUCACAUCCAAGAGCUCUCCAUAAAGACCACCAUCAUCUCACGCUAUGCCUUCACUGCGGUGCACUGUGCCCUGCUGAACCGUCAUUCUGCGGCCGCAGAGGUCUUUCAGUAUGCCAUUCCCGCAGACGCAUACAUCUCCAACUUCACCAUGAUCGUAGGAGGUCGCGUUUACCAGAGUGAGAUUACACCGAAGGAGAAGAGGGUCAAACAGGAAAAUGUCAAAACAAGAGGCCAGGACUCAGGUGACGCAAGUGUUGAGGUAGAGGUAGAAGUAUUUCGAAUGGUGGUCAAGAUCCCUGGUCGAAACCGUGCCAUCUUCUUCCUCACAUAUGAGCAGCUCCUGCAAAGACGAUUGGGUCGCUAUGAACAUGUGACCAGUAUCCGGCCCCUGCAGUUGGUCAGUCGCCUCAGUUUAGACAUAACCAUCGUGGACCACUCUCCCAUCACACAUCUGGAAGUUUUGCCUCUGCGCAAUGGAAAGGGCAUCACAUCUUCGGCCUCCUCUAAUGCACCAAAAAGUUCAGCCAAAUCUGAACCCCCUAUCACUACUGUUGUCAAAAACGAGAAGAAUGUGUGUAGUAUCACAUUUAGUCCCACCAUUGUGCAGCAGGCUAAAAUCACCACUAGUGGGAAUCUUGGAGACUUUGUCGUCCGCUAUGAUGUGGAAAGAGAGUUGGGAAUUGGAGAUAUACAGGUGUUGAACGGCCACUUUGUCCACUACUUUGCUCCCAAAGACCUGCCGGCUGUGCCCAAAAACGUAGUGUUUGUCAUCGACACCAGUGCAUCCAUGCUGGGAACAAAGAUUAGACAGACCAAAGAUGCUCUUUUUACCAUCUUGAGCGAUCUUCGUCCUGGCGAUCACUUUAACUUCAUAAGCUUCUCCAACAAAGUCAAAGAGUGGAAGAAUCGCCUGGUGCCAGUCACUCCAUUAAAUGUCAGAGAUGCCAAAAAAUUUAUUUACACGCUCGCACCCACAGGAGGUACCAACAUUAAUAGUGCCAUUGAAAUCGGCUCAUCUCUGCUUCGAGAUUACCUCUCUACAUCAGAGGCCAACCCUAACAGUGUAUCUCUCAUCAUUUUCCUGACUGAUGGACGUCCCACUGUGGGAGAGGUCCAGUCUGCAACAAUACUGGGCAACACUCGCUCUGCGGUGCAAGAGAAAUUUUGCAUCUUUACGAUUGGGAUCGGGAACGAUGUGGACUAUAAACUUUUGGACAGAAUGGCGCUGGAGAACUGUGGUAUGAUGAGACGAAUCAGUGAAGAGGCAGAUGCUAGUGUCAUGCUAAAAGGGUUCUAUGAUGAAAUAGGAACUCCUCUUCUGUCUGACAUAAGAAUCAACUACACCGAGGAUUCAGUGCAGUAUGUGACACAGCAUCUCUUCACCAACUACUUCAAUGGCUCAGAGAUUGUUGUCGCUGGAAAGCUGACAAACAAAAGUGCAGAGUCUCUGCAUGUACAGGUCACUGCCACCAACAAUGACAAGAGCAUCAUCUUGGAGACAGAUGUGCCACUGCGCCACCGUCAGGUCGAGACAGAGAAGCACGUCAAAGCAGCGAUAGCAGCACUGGCAGGCAUUGGCAGGCCUUCAGCAUCUGUAAGCUCCUACAGAUGGGAUGUUGCUCUGGGAGCCAUUGCGGAGGACUUUGCUGAACGUGUAUGGGGAUUUCUCAGUGUUAAAGAUGGUCUUCGAUCAAGACUGAAAAGUAGGACAAGCAAAGAAAGAGAAGAACACAUCAAGCAGGCCACCAACCUGUCUCUGACAUACAACUUCCUCACACCACUCACUAACCUGGUGGUGGAGAAGCCUGAGGUCCUGGCUGAUGGAACCAUGGCACCAGCACCCACUGUCUCCCCAGCUCCUCUGGGAGGAGAUUCAGCUGCCAAUAGCCUGCCAGAGAACACAGAGGAAGGACAGCCCCAGAAAUCUGACCAGAGGUCUACUGGCUCUUCUCACCAGAGCAGCACAGUUGGUAAAGUUCCAUCCAAGAAGCCAAUCAGUAUCUCAAAAACAUCAGCUGAUGGUGACCCCCACUUUGUGGUUGAGAUUCCACUAAGCAAACUGACGGUGUGCUUUAACAUUAAUGGUGAGCCCGGACACAUCUUGAGUCUGGUCUCGGACCACAAGAAUUCUGGUGUGACAGUAAAUGGAAAGCUCCUUGGUGCUCCUGCGCCUCCAGGCAGUCACAAGCAACAGCGUACAUAUUUCAACACCAUAACAAUUGUAGUGGACCACCCCAGACGAGCUUACAUCGAAGUGACUCCUAAAAAGGUGAUUCUGGAUGGAAAAGACCGCAUGGUUUUGGCCUGUCAUUCCACUGUCACAGUGACCAGUGGUGUAUUGACGGUGGCCAUCAUUGGGAAGUCCAAUGUGACUGUAACUGUGGGAGACAACAUAAGCUUCAUCAUUCUUCUGCACCAGUACAAGAACCCAGCACCCUACCAGAAAGACCAUCUGGGCUUCUACAUCAGCAACAGCAAGGGACUGUCUUCUGACUGCCAUGGACUAUUAGGUCAGUUCCUGUAUGAAGAAGUUGGCCUUGUUGAGUCAGGAGGAGAAAUGGCGCCCUCUACAGUCCUAAAGGUGAAGGAGCGCUCUGUGCCAGUGGUGAAGAAGACCAGGAAGAUCUUAAGUGGGACACAGAGUGUGGACUGUUGGUUUGCCAGGAACAAUGCUGCCAAGUUAAUUGAUGGACAGUAUGAGGACUAUCUAAUGUCCCACAUGUUUGAUACUGGGCACUCACUACACGGGACAAACAGACUUUAAGACUGCCAGAGACAUUGUAUCAAAUUUUGAUAUGUGUAACACCAGUCUUUUUAUGGACUACAGUUGUCAAACUUAAUUUUAUUUUUGU